AUGCUAUCCCGAACGACAUCCCGCUUGCCCUCGAGGGCAGCAAGAAACCUUUCACAAUCAAUCAAAUCCCAAACCAUACGAUCGCCUCGAACCCUCGGUCUUACUCGUACAAUAAUCCCAGCUAUAUCAACUCAAUCGAUCAAUCAUGCUGCUCCUUACAUCUCCCAUAGAUCCUACGCCACCCAUCGGGGUCCCGUCCCACCGGGUGGCACACACCGAAUGAAUCUCGGUGCUGAGCCCGAAAAGUCUGCAUUGGAAACAUAUGGCAUGGACCUCACGGCUCGAGCUCGAGAUGGAAAAUUAGAUCCGGUAAUAGGACGUGAAGGCGAGAUUCGACGAUGUAUCCAAGUUUUAUCCCGUCGGUCGAAGAAUAACCCUGUUAUUGUUGGUCCGGCUGGUGUAGGAAAGACAGCAAUUGUUGAAGGAUUAGCGUUAAGGAUUGUUCAAGGCGAUGUCCCAUCUUCGAUGUUAAACAAGAGGGUCAUCUCUUUGGAUUUGGGAUUGCUUGUUGGAGGUGCAAAGUUUAGAGGAGAGUUUGAAGAGCGGUUGAAGAAUGUGAUGAAGGAGGUGGAGGAAUCCAAUGGAGAGGUUAUCUUGUUCAUCGACGAGCUACACAAUCUUCUCGGCUUGGGAAAAGCAGAAGGAAGCAUUGAUGCUUCUAACUUGCUGAAACCAGCAUUAAGCAGAGGGUCAUUCCAAUGCUGUGGUGCUACAACCUUGAACGAAUACCGAGCAAUCGAGAAAGAUGUAGCUUUGGCAAGGAGGUUUCAAAGUGUUCAAGUCAGUGAGCCUACGGUUCAAGAUACCAUCAGUAUUCUCAGAGGUAUCAAGGAAAAAUACGAAGUCCACCAUGGUGUUCGUAUUACCGACAGUGCAUUGGUAACAGCGGCAACGUAUGGCAACCGCUACAUCACCGACAGAUUCUUACCAGACAAAGCAAUCGAUCUAGUAGACGAAGCAUGUUCGGCACUAAGGCUACAACAGGAAUCACAGCCCGAGCCAAUACAAGUGCUUGACCGUGAGAUCCUGACAAUCCGAAUCGAAUUGGAAUCCCUCAAAAAGGAAACCGAUGUCCUUAGCGUCGAAAGGCGAAAGAAACUACAAACCCAACUUCAAGAAAAACAAGAUGAAGUUGCCCGUCUCACUGCCAUCUGGGAAAAAGAAAAGGCCGAAAUUGCCAGUAUAAAAUCAACCCAAGAGCAACUUGAUAUUUCCAGAACGGAACUAGACGCCGCUCAACGUACCGGUGAUUUCGCAAAGGCUAGCGAGCUCCGAUACUCGACAAUCCCACGCCUCGAAAACAAAAUUAAGGAAAUAACUUCCAAGCAAAAGGAAGGCGGACUACUCCAUGACUCGGUAACAUCCGAUGAUAUCGCACGAGUAGUCUCCCGUGCAACCGGGAUCCCCACAGAAAAAAUGAUGGCAGGUGAGGUCGAGAAACUCGUACAAAUGGAAUCCACAAUUGCCAAAGAAGUCAAGGGCCAACCCGAAGCUCUAAAGGCAGUCGCAGAUGCAAUUAGACUCCAACGUGCAGGCCUUACAAGUCUAAACCGCCCUACGGGAUCCUUCAUGUUCCUCGGCCCCACAGGUGUAGGAAAAACUCUACUUGUCCGUCAACUCGCCAACUUUUUGUUUAGUUCCGAAGAUGCGGUGAUUCGAUUUGACAUGAGUGAGUUUAUGGAGAAACAUACUGUUAGCAGACUCAUCGGUGCUCCAGCCGGUUACGUCGGUUACGAAGAUGCGGGACAGUUGACAGAAGCUGUAAGGAGAAGACCAUACUCCGUGGUCCUCUUCGACGAAUUCGAGAAGGCGCAUAAAGACGUCGCCUUGUUGUUACUUCAAGUACUAGAUGCAGGGCAUCUUACUGAUAGCCAAGGUCGAAAAGUCGAUUUUAGGAAUACAAUCAUCGUAUUCACAUCAAAUCUAGGACAAGAUAUCUUAGUAGAUGCACCCGAAGGAGACGAAACCGGGAAGCUCCCUACUGAAAUCAAAACCGCUAUUACGGAUGAGGUGGCAAGAUAUUAUCCACCAGAAUUCCUAAACCGUAUCGACGAAUUCAUCAUCUUCCAAAGAUUAUCAAGGGAUUCCAUCGCAGAUAUUGUGGACCUAAGAGUCAAAGAAGUCCAACAGAAACUCGACGAUAGAAGGAUUAGCUUGGAACUUGGAGAUGGUGUUAAGAAGUGGCUUGCCGACAAGGGAUAUAGUGUGAAAUACGGUGCAAGACCAUUGCAGAGGUUGAUAAUGAAGCAGCUAUUGAAUCCACUAGCGAUGAGAUUGAUUCAAGGUCAAAUCCUCCCUGGGGAGGUUGCUAAAGUUAAAGUUGCAGAGAGCGGAGAAUCAUUGGAGGUUUUGGCGAAUCACGAAGCAGUGACGUCCCAUAAGCCUGAGCAUCACGAACAUGAACACGACGAACAUGAUGAACACGACGAAGGGCUCGAUCCCGCGAAGGCGUAA